GUGACAAUUGUUAAUUAAUUUUUCUUCUUUGUUUUUUGGGUUCUGGAUGAACCACAUUCAGUUUCAUAGAUCAUAAUUGCGUGCUGAUAAUCUGGGGGAUUUACUUGUUCCUGGAUCUAUACCAUUCAUAACAGGGAUGCUAUUUUAACGAGAACCGAUGACAACUUUGUGACAAGGUGAUGAUGCACAAGAUGCUGCAGAAACUACCAAGGGAGGUAACCAUGAUGUGAAACGUAGAGAAUCAGUUUGUGUACAUACAAAUAUAGUUCAAGAAGAUAGCAUGACCAUUGACCAUCGGCUUCUCAAGUUUCACAAGGGAUGGAAGCUCUCUCGAUCAUCUUCAUCUCCAUAGCCGCAACACCACUAGUUCUCUUCGUAAGCUGCUGCUUACAUCUCUUACUCCAUGUCUUCAGUAACCAAGCCAUCAAUAAUCCUCAAUACCCACCUGUGAAAGGCACAGUUUUUCACCAGCUUAUCUACUUCAAGAAACUCUAUGACCACCAAACUGAAGUUUCCAGGAAACAUCCUACUUUCCGGCUCCUCGGUCCGGGGCAGAGCGUAGCAUACACAACUGAUCCAAGGAACAUAGAGCAUGUACUGAAAACUAAUUUUGACAAGUAUUCCAAAGGGAAGUAUAAUCAAGAAAUUUUGUCAGGUCUAUUUGGUGAUGGGAUCUUUGCGGUUGAUGGAGAUAAGUGGAGGCAGCAGAGGAAACUUGCUAGCUUUGAGUUCUCAACUAGAGUUCUUAGAGAUUUUAGCUGUAGUGUGUUCAGAACAAAUGCCGCUAAACUGGUUAGGGUUGUUUCCAACCUUGCUAUUGCAGGUCAGAGCUUUGACAUUCAAGAUAUCUUCAUGAGAUGUGCUUUGGAUUCCAUAUUCAAAGUUGGGUUUGGAGUAGAAUUGAAUUGCUUGGAGGGUUCAAGUGAAGAGGCAACUGAUUUUAUGAAAGCCUUUGAUGAGUCAAACGCUCUAAUCUAUUGGCGCUAUGUUGAUCCAUUAUGGAAGCUAAAAAGACUGCUUAACCUUGGUUCUGAAGCCUCGCUUAAGAAGAAUGUCAGACUCAUGGAUAAUUUCGUGAAUAAUGUCAUUAGUACUAGAAGGAACCUGCUUCUGAGGCAACUAAGUAAUAAUGCCAAGGAGGACAUACUGUCAAGGUUCUUGGUGGAGAGCGAAAAGGAUCCAGAAAAAAUGAACGAUCGAUAUCUGAAGGACAUAAUUCUGAAUUUUAUUAUCGCUGGCAAAGAUAGUAGUGCGAAUACUCUGUCAUGGUUUAUUUACGCGCUCUGCAAGAACCCUCUAGUCCAAGAGAAAGUGGCACAAGAAGUGAGAGAGGUCACUGGUAGUCAAGAGAAUGAAGCAAUAAGUAUUGAUGAUUUCAUGGACAAGAUAACUGACUCAACACUUGAGCAAAUGCAUUAUCUGCACUCAGCAUUGACAGAGACUUUAAGACUAUUCCCUGCAGUUCCUGUGGAUGGAAGGUUUGCGGAGGCAGAUGAUAUACUUCCCGAUGGCUUUAAAAUUCGAAAAGGAGAUGGAGUGUAUUACAUGGCCUAUGCAAUGGGGAGGAUGCCUCAUCUAUGGGGAGAAGAUGCAGAGGAUUUUCGUCCGGAGAGAUGGCUCGACAGCAACAGAGUUUUCCAGCCCGAAUCGCCUUUCAAAUUUAUAGCAUUUCAUGCUGGUCCUAGAAUCUGUCUAGGCAAGGACUUUGCUUAUCGGCAGAUGAAGAUAGUAUCAAUGGCACUGUUACACUUCUUCCGCUUCAAAUUGGCUGAUGCAACAAGAACUGUAACUUACAGAACUAUGAUCACUCUUCACAUUGAUGGAGGCCUCCAUGUAUGUGCAGUUCCAAGGACAAGUUCUGGAAUUUGAAGCAUCUGAAGCAUGAUAAAAGUUCUCGCCUUUCAUAAACUUUGUUGGUGUCUGAGCCAUUUGUAGUAUGCAUGUAUAUUCAACCUUAGCAUAUGAAUGUCAUUUCUAAGAAAGAAGGAAGACCCAGUUCUUUAUUCAAACGAAAGGAAUCUCUCUAACUUGUUAGUUGUGCAGUUACACACUGCAAAUUAUUGAAAUGGAAUACCAACAGAUCAAUUUCUUUACCA